UCCUUGCUCUUAGUUGGGUAAGGUUGGUGUACUGAUCUGUCUACUGCCAUCCCUUCGGGCAGCGAUCUGAACCCCUUGCUGAGAAAGAAACCACAUUUCCCGUACCUGUUUCAACAUGCGAGUGCCACUUCUCCCCGUGCUGGUGUUGGUCUCCUUGGCCGCCAUGGCUGUGCUACCGGAAUGUGAAGCGAGGACAUUUUUCUGUGACGGAUUCAAUGUUAGCAUCAAUACCAACAAACUUUCGUACAGAGGUGCCCGUAGCGCCUGUUUGGAACAGAACAUAGGGCUUCUUAGAAUCAAAGAACAUAACUUGCUGAAAAAUUCCCAGUGCUACAAGAAAGUAAUAGCCAGACUUGUAAGACGGGGACUACAAAAUAUAUGGCUUUACAAUAGACAGGGAAAAGGUUCUCUUGAUAUCAAGAGCUCCAGGAUCACUGAGCAGCCGGACGAUUCGCCCAGACCAUUCAUAUGUGCAAGAGAUUGGGAUGAGUGCAGCACUGAUCCAUGUUCUCAAGGAGAAAUCUGUGUCAAUGGUAAAGGGACUUACAAGUGUGAAGAUCGAAAUGAGUGUGAGGACUCGCCAGAUGUUUGCGAUCCAGGUUUCAAUUGUACAAACACCAUUGGAAGUUACAUGUGUCAUGGAUCACACUGCGGCGCAAUUAAGAUAUCCAACGGUUCACUAGCAAGGACGAGCGUAGAUCAAUCCGUCGAACCCAUCUGCGAAGAUGGCUUCAGUGCAUUAGGAGAAAAGGCUUCUUGCGGUAUAAAUGGCUGGUCCUACAAUGAAUUCAUGUGUACACCAAGAACACAGUGCGAAGCAAAACGAAUUGGCAGCGGGUCAUUAGCAGAGACGCCUGUUAAUCAUGAUGCCGAAGUAACGUGUAACAACGGCUCCUACAAGGCAUAUGACGCUAAGGCCACUUGCACCAAGACUGGCUGGUCCUACUCUGAGCCCUUAUGUCCACCAGAUAACCCUAUUGUAUGUAACUGGUACAACGUAAGCAUCCAUUCGGACCCAGCGCUAUACGCAGAUGCAAAUAGUGAGUGUGAACGCCGCGAUGCAACGCUAUUAACGCAACGAUCCUAUGGUGCAUUGAAACAGUCCCAGUGCUCCAAGUAUAUCAUGUCUGGGCUAAAAAUUCACAAUUUGGCAACCACCUGGGUAAAGACAUCACCUUCAACCGGUGUUGUUUUCACACUGGAAUCGGAAAACGUUAGCACAGGCCAAUCUGCUAGCACCUUUUUUUGUGCUAAAGAUCGAAAUGAAUGUGAGGACUCACCAGAUGUUUGUGAUAAAAGUUUCACGUGUGAAAACACCGUUGGAAGUUACAUAUGUGGUCGGCGUAAGUGCCUCGGCCAGUCUGUGCGGAAUGGAUUUGUGAAGAGCACGUUUGUAAACCAUGAAAUUCAGGUUUCGUGUAACGCCGGUCAUAGCACCAUAUUCAAGGCUAGGUGCACGGAAAACGGAUGGAAAGCAACGAACGUCGCUUUAGGGAUAUCAGAAUCUUAUAGUUUCGAGGAGAUUACGGCAUGUUUCACUCUGCUCUGGUGCUACGGAAUGAAUGUACCUCAUGGUCGGAUCAUAAGCGUGCCAGAUUUCACCUACUGUACUCCUGUAUGUGACAAUGGAUAUCUUCCCCUCCGUCGACAUUACAGAUGCGGCUUACUAUUACAGUAUCCUCCCAAGUUCUCGCCACAAUAUCCGAGAGAUGGCUGUGUCUCAAUGGAUACAUGUCCAGGAAGUGGCAUUAAAUUCGCAGUCUACCAGAACGAGGCUAAUCUGUUGCAAACCUAUAACAAUCACCUUGUAAGCUGCGGAGAAAAUAUAGAAAGUCGUUUGCCAACCUCCGCUGAUUUGCCCUGUAUCAAGUUUGUGCUCAACACGCACAGGGAGAAAUUCCCGGAGCGUAACUUCACGACUUUGUUCUUUUAUGCUAAUGGAGCAGCUCACACCAUGACUAUGAGUGCCAAUGGAGAGUUAAGUACAUCUCGACUAUCGCAGGCACAGCGGAACCAAGUAUUUCCCGGAGCUAAGGCUGCCAUGUGCAUACCAGCCUGCCAGCAGUUGCGAGAGAACAGGCAACGCUCAAGGGUUUGAUUCAAGUCAAGUAGCUCGCCGUACAGUUUGAAUUCGCAGUGGCCAGGAUGAAUGAUUAUAAUAUUUUCAUCCCACAGCUGACUGCAUUGCUUUGCUUAUUUGUUAUGCAAUCGAGCAUACUCUUUGAAGCAUUAGCCCACAACUGCAUUUUGUUAUUUGGUUACUUGAAAAAUUCAUGGCACUCCUUCUGAACAGAUUGCCACGGAUAUGAUCGUGGAAAUUCA